AGCUGUGGACACUCACACGUCCACUGGACCUGAGUGAAAACACCACUGGAAUCACUGCUUUCUUCACCAUCAGCGGCUGAGAGAGACCUGCCACUCCAUGCACACAGGAAUCAGGAAAUCAUAACUGCAUCAAUGUCUCCUGCUCUCAACUCUUGUAGUUUAUUGUAGUUUACUGUAUCGACCUUCACUAUAAAACAGCCAUGUUAACGUUACACAUGAAUGGUGACAUGACGGAGGACUCGGGUGAGAUGGACACGGACAGUCCUGCCAAACUCAUCGCUCAGUGCUGCAGUGAGCAGACCGAGAAGAUCCGAGAUGAUCCAGAGGAAGUGAUGAUGAUGAAGGAGGAGGAAGAGGCUUGUGAACUGACUCAGGACACCGAUCUGAACUUUUCCUCGUGUCUCACAUCGACACAGAGCAGCACUGCGGCCAUUUUUGAUGGGAUGGAUGUUGCAGAGGAAGCCAAGUCAACAUCAGAGGAGAGGAAUACAACAGAGCUGGAGGACUUGCUGGACUCUCUGCAGCAUCUGCAGCUGUGUCUGACGGAUGCUGAGAGUCAGCAGGACGUUCUGCUGCUGCUGGAGCUGCUGCUGCAGUCAGACUUCCAGCAGGCGUUCAUCAUGCACUGCAGCGUGGCUCAGAGCACGAGACACCUCCGUCCGCCGUUCCCGCUCACCGCACAAGCACAGCAGCUCAGAGACGAGGUGGAGAGUGUCCUGCAGUCCAGCAAACACACUGAAGCCACAGAACUCACAGGCCUGCUGACGUCACCACACCUGCAGGCCCUGAUGGAAGCUCAUGACUGUAUUGCCGAGCAAGAAUUGGAUGUCGAAACUAUUGAAUCCGUGGACCAGGAUGAAAAGGCCACCAAACUGGUUUCCCUGGAGAAAACUCGUGACAUGCCUUUGGGUGUGACCAUUCGGAACGAACAUGACCGUGUAAUCAUCAGUCGGGUGGUGAGCGGCGGGCCGGCUGAGAAAAGCAACCUGCUCAGUGAAGGAGAUGAAAUCCUGGAGAUCAAUGGUGUUCCAGUCCGUGGAAAAAGUGUUAAUGAUGUUCACAACAUUCUGUCCUGCAUGCAUGGGUCCCUCACGUUUCUCCUCAUCCCAGAUUCUCAAAACAAAAUAUCUCCUCACCGAUCAACUGUGAUGCAUGUGAAGGCAAACUUCAGCUAUGACCCAUCUGAGGACCCAUACGUGCCAUGCAGAGAGCUCGGCCUCUCCUUCCAAAAGGGAGACGUCCUACACGUCACCAGCCAGGACGACCCCAACUGGUGGCAGGCGUACCGGGACGGACAUGAGGACCAGAAGCCCCUUGCUGGCCUUAUACCUGGGAAGAGCUUCCAACAGCACAGAGAAGCCAUGAAGAAAACCAUUACAGACAGAAAUCAAGAGUAUAAAGGGAAACUUUGGUGUGCAAAGAAAGGCAAAAAGCAACGGAAAAAACUCUUGUUUAACCCUAGUAAGAAUAUCAAGCAUUACACUGAGGAUAUCCUGACCUAUGAGGAGGUGGCACUGUACCAUCAGCCGCCCAACCGCAAGCGCCCCAUCGCUCUGAUUGGUCCACCUAACAGCGGACAUGAUGAACUGAGACAAAGACUGCUGUCUUUAGAGCCUGACCGAUUCGCUGGUGCUGUUCCACGUGAGAUUAAAAACCCACCAAUUCACUAUCUCAACAAAUUAGAAUAUGGUGACAUCCCCCCGCCCUCCGCUCACUCUAGCCCGCUGUGUGUGAAGUUCACCGAGUCGGGCGAGUUUGAACAGAACCUGUACGGCACAAACACGGAUUCAGUCGGACAGGUUGUCAACUCAGGAAAAAUCUGUUUGCUGUGUCUGCAUCCCAGGUCCCUGCGAGUGCUGUGUUCCUCAGAUCUGAAACCAUACAUCAUCUUCAUCAGGCCUUCUCCUCCUCCUCCUCCUCCUCCUCAGGAGCGAUUCUCCACCCUGCUGACCAGAGGAGUGAAGAAACACAUGCCUGAGGAUGUGAGAGAGACCUUGGAGAAAGUGCGUGAGAUGAAGCACAGCUACGGUCACUUGUUCGAUGCGGUCAUCACAAACACUGAGCAGGAGAAGAGCGUCUCUGAGCUGCUGAGACUCAUUGACAAACUGGACAUCGAGCCGCAGUGGGUCCCUUCAGACUGGGUCAGCUAAAAACACUUUCAAUUCAGAAGAAAUUGUGUGUUUUCUGUGUUGAAGACUUGAAAUGUUCUGAUGAUGAGCCACAAGCGGUAUGUUUGAAAUGGCCUGCCAGUACUACUCGUACUAUUACUGCAGUUUGCAUAUUGUGCACAGUAAGCUAACUUUUUAUGUGUGUGUGUCUGCUUGUUAAAGGAAUAGUUCA